AACCACCUUGAAACCGUAUUCUAUAAUAAAAAUUUUAUUGAUAACAAAAAUAAUAGAUUGAAAAAAUUAUGCUACAAUAUUCCAAUCUAGUGUUUGUGUGAAAAUCAACUUUGGCACAUCUUUGUGGUAUUGCAGUUUUACCGAAAUUCAUUCACGAAUCAUUAUUGAUUAACAAAAGAUAUUUGAUUGUUGUUAGAUUUCCAUAAAUGUUCAAGCAACUGGAGAUAGCCAUGAUGGAAGAUUCAGUUCAAAGCACUCGAAGUAUGAGGCAGUGCCCAAUCUGUUCAGAGGUGGUGGGCAACAAGAGGCAACAUAUAGAUAUGCAUUACGGGAUAGAAUUUGACCACCAAUGUCGAUAUUGUGACAAAAUAUUUGCUCAUCCAGGCAAUCUUCGGACCCAUGAACGCGUCCAUUUAGAGACCGUUCAGGACAAGUCGGUAGUCGCAGCAUUCACUUCUGAGGAGGAAUGGCCGUAUAAAUGCAAAUUUUGCCCAAAAAGAUUUCGUUUUUCGUCUCGAUUAAUGGAACAUACCACAAUCCAUUCAAAAGAACGUCCGUAUACUUGCCUAUAUUGCCCUAAGACAUUCAAAAAUGCCUAUUCGGUAUGGGAGCAUUUAGCAAAUACCCACUCAACGCACAAUUCUACUCAAGUGAAUAAAAUGAAUCUCCCGAAAGCUGAAAUUAAAAGCUCGUUGAAGACAAAAGCUAUUCACACGAUGAAGGUAAAAGGAUACCCGCGCGAAAUCAGAUAUACAUUACCAGCAUCAAUGAAGAAUGCCAACCUGUGUCCGAGAGUAGUUCUUUCACGAUCCCUGACUGAAGUCCUUAAUAAAAUGUAGAUGUGGCACUCGGUAGGUCAAACUGUAUCAGGUGUACAUCCGAUAGUGAUAAGAAUUUUAUCACAUGUUGCGCUGUACAUCUCUACAUUUUCAAAGAUUCCCUUCAAUUUGAUUUGAAUAUUCCGUUGACCAUCCAUUUUGCUUUUUUCAUUGCGCUUGUCUUUUGAGAAAUAUUUUCUGUCUUGCAUUACGCAUUAUGUUACAAAGAAUCAAAACUGCUAUAA